AUGACCCCCGCGGCUCUCUCCUGCAGGCUCGCUGCCGCGACCACCCGAGUCCGGAGGGGCCCCGCGCGCCCCGCGUGCGGCUCCGCAGUGAGCCCCCCGACAAGCGGCCGGCGGAGGCACCGACAUGGGGCUGAAGCUGUCCUGUCUGAAAGCAGCAGCAGCCACGACGAGGCCCCCGUCCUGAACGACAAGCACCUGGAUGUGCCCAACAUCAUCAUCACCCCCCCGACCCCUACGGGCAUGAUGCUGCCGAGGGACUCCAGGAGGACAGGCUGCAAAAAGCCUGCAGGGAAGCCUCGCCAACUCUGGAACACAAAUAUUUGCCAGUGA